CAGCCCCCUCCCCCUCACUCACAGCGCCCUGCCUGCCCCCGUGGGAGCCUGCCAAAGCUCAGAAUAACCCCGGGGACCAGACAGUGGGAUGGCAGGGACUCUGCUCAGGGCCCUGCUCCUCUUGCAGCUCCUCGGCGGAGGUGAGGGGAAGAAUGAGGAGCUGCGUCUUUACCACCACCUCUUCGACAACUAUGACCCAGGACGCCGGCCAGUGCAGAAGCCUGAGGACACUGUCACCAUCACCCUCAAAGUCACCCUGACCAACCUCAUCUCACUGAAUGAGAAAGAGGAGACCCUCACCACCAGCGUCUGGAUUGGAAUCGACUGGCAUGAUUACCGACUCAACUACAGCAAGGGCGAUUUUGGGGGCAUAGAAAUCCUGCGGGUCCCUUCAGAACUCGUAUGGCUGCCAGAGAUUGUGCUGGAAAACAAUAUCGACGGCCAGUUCGGUGUGGCCUAUGAAGCCAACGUGCUGGUCUCGGAGGGCGGCUACGUGAGCUGGCUGCCCCCGGCCAUCUACCGCAGUAUCUGCGCCGUGGAGGUCACCUACUUCCCUUUCGACUGGCAGAACUGCUCGCUUGUUUUCCGCUCGCAGACGUACAAUGCAGAAGAAGUGGAGCUCGUCUUUGCUGUGGACGACGAUGGCGACACCAUCAGCAACAUAGAUAUUGACACUGAGGACUAUACUGAGAACGGUGAGUGGGCCAUCGACUUCUGCCCCGGGGUGAUCCGCCGCCACGACGGUGGCUCUAAUGAUGGUCCAGGGGACACUGAAGUCAUCUACACGCUCAUCAUUCGCCGGAAGCCGCUCUUCUACGUUAUCAACAUCAUCGUGCCUUGCGUGCUCAUCUCGGGCCUAGUGCUGCUUGCCUAUUUCCUGCCGGCACAGGCUGGCGGCCAGAAAUGCACCGUCUCCAUCAACGUCCUGCUCGCCCAGACCGUCUUCUUGUUCCUGAUUGCCCAGAAAAUCCCAGAGACAUCUCUGAGCGUGCCGCUGCUGGGCAGGUACCUCAUUUUCGUCAUGGUGGUUGCCACGCUCAUUGUCGUGAAUUGUGUCUUCGUGCUCAACGUGUCUUGUCGGACGCCCACCACUCACGCCAUGUCCCCGCGGCUGCGCCACGUCUUACUGGAGCUGCUGCCCCAAUUCCUGGGCUCGGGCGCACCCCACGAGGUCCCCCGGGCCGCCUCACCCGCAAGGCGGGCGUCGUCCUUGGGCCUACUGCUCCGCGCGGAGGAGCUGAUACUGAAAAAGCCGCGGAGCGAGCUCAUAUUUGAGGGGCAGAGGCACCGGCACGGGAGCUGGACUGCUGCCCUCUGCCAGAGCCUGGGCGCCGCCUCCCCCGAGAUCCGCUGCUGUGUGGAUGCCGUGAACUUCGUGGCCGAGAGCACGCGAGACCAGGAGGCCACCGGCGAGGUGGGGCAGGAGCCGGAGAGGCUGGGUGGGGAGCUGCUGGGGGCCUCCGCUCUCCCUGACUCGUGCAGCAGGCUCCUGCAGCUUUUAGGGACUCAGCUUUGCCCGCCCCUUCCCCAGGAGGUGUCUGACUGGGUGCGCAUGGGGAAGGCCCUUGACAAUAUCUGCUUCUGGGCCGCUCUGGUGCUCUUCCUUGUCGGCUCCAGCCUCAUCUUCCUCGGGGCCUACUUCAACCAAGUGCCCGAACUGCCCUACCCGCCCUGUAUGUAGGCGUGAGCCUGCAGCCACGGUGACAAACGUUCCCACCCAUCUCCAGGAGGAAAUCUGAAAAACAAGUUGCUCCCACUGCUUUAUUACGAUCCUUUCGUACUGCCAAUGAUAAAUCUGUAUUCAGCUUCGCAAGAGUCAUAUGUGCACACGUGUGUAGGUCUGGCCACCGGGGCAGACAUCAGAAGAUGGCAGAUGGUUCAGGCAGGCUCUUGCAUGUCAGCCCUCCGGAAGGCAAGAACCAUCUUCAAUUCAUUCUUCCUGACCUCCCAGUUUUUCUUGGGCCCCAGCUCCAUGUGACCCUCUAGCCCUGUGAGCCUCUAAGAGAUCUUUACUCAUUUGUUGCCAAACAGGAGAGAACCCCCUCCCCCGCCAUGCAGGACUUGCAUAUAGAGAGAGGCUCGAGCCAGGCGCCUUCACGGCCUGGCCAGGCUGGUGUGGGUGGAAACCAAAUGGCCCCUGUGGAGGGCCCCACAGGUUUAAGGCUGAGGAUGUCCCGGCCCUCCCUCAGUUGUUUCCUCCAGGUUCUCUUGGCUCAGCAGACGCCCCCCUCUCCACCCCUCUCACUGACUGCAGAUUCCACACCACCCUGCCCGCCCCCUUCAUCCCAGCAAUGCUGGGGGGCCCUGGCUAGUAGCUGGGAUGCUGAGAGAAAA